AUGCCCAGGGAAAUAAUCACCAUCCAGGCCGGCCAAUGCGGCAAUAGCAUCGGCAGCCAGUUCUGGCAGCAGCUCUGCCAGGAGCACGGCAUCAGCCAAGACGGCACGCUCGAGGACUUUGCGACGGAAGGGGGCGACCGCAAAGAUGUCUUCUACUAUCAAAGCGACGACACCCGGUACAUCCCCCGCGCCAUCCUGAUCGACCUUGAGCCGCGCGUCAUCCACGGCAUCCAGACCGGCCCCUACCGAAAUAUCUAUAACCCCGAGAAUUUCUACGUGGGCAAGCACGGCACCGGUGCGGGUAACAACUGGGGCGAUGGCUACCAGACCGCCGAGUCCGUCCACGAGGAGAUCUUGGAGAUGAUCGACCGCGAGGCCGACGGCAGCGACUCGCUCGAGGGCUUCAUGAUGCUGCACUCCAUCGCCGGCGGCACCGGCUCUGGCUUAGGCUCCUUCCUGCUCGAACGCCUAAACGAUCGCUUUCCGAAGAAGAUCAUCCAGACCUACUCCGUCUUUCCAGACACUACUAACUCAGGCGACGUCGUCGUGCACCCGUACAACAGCAUGCUAACCAUGCGCCGCCUAACCCAAAACGCCGACUCGGUCGUCGUCCUCGACAACGGCGCCCUCGCCCACAUCGCCGCCGACCGCCUGCACUUACAGGAGCCCUCCUUCCAGCAAACCAACCAGCUCGUGUCGACCGUCAUGUCCGCCAGCACCACAACCCUGCGCUAUCCCGGCUACAUGCACAACGACCUCGUCUCGAUCCUCGCCUCCCUGAUUCCCACGCCCCGCUGCCACUUCCUGAUGACAGCCUACACUCCCUUCACGGGCGACCAAGUGGAGCAAGCGAAAACCGUCCGCAAGACGACGGUGCUCGACGUGAUGCGCCGCCUGCUGCAGCCCAAGAACAGGAUGGUGUCGACGGUGCCCGGCAAAAAGAGCUGCUACAUCUCCAUCUUGAAUGUGAUCCAGGGCGAGGUGGACCCGACCGACGUACACAAGUCGCUGCUGCGCAUCCGCGAGCGAAGGCUGGCCACAUUUAUUCCGUGGGGCCCGGCCAGCAUCCAGGUGGCGCUGACGAAGCGCAGUCCGUACGUGCCCAUGUCGCACCGCGUGAGCGGGUUGAUGCUGGCGAAUCACACUAGCAUUGCUACUCUAUUCAAACGUAUCUACCGGCAAUACGAAGGCAUGCGCAAGCGCAACGCCUUCCUCGAAGGCUACAAGAAGACGGCUCCGUUCGCAGACGGCUUCGCCGAGUUCGACGAGGCCAAGGAGGUCGUGUGCGAUCUGAUUGCCGAGUACGAGGCAGCUGAAGAGCCGAACUACCUGAACCCGGACCUGGGCGGGUCGGGCGAGGGCCAGCCGACGUCGAUGGAGACGGAUCGACGGGUAGGAUGA